AAACCACUAUCUCUUACAUCGUACUAAGUAUAAAUUAAUGAUACCGCUUUAUUUAAACAAGGCACAUGACGUAAUACAUAUCAGUUGUUGCCUAUUAUGUAAAUACCAAAACAACGCGUCGCAUUCCAGUCUGUCAAGGAAAGCGAACAUGUUUAUCUCAAAGAGAGUUCAAAGUGCGCGCCUCCUCAAUCAAGUUAUCGCGUUAAAAAAUCUUCAACAGAACCGUUUAAAAAGUCAUAACAACGAAAACUUUUUAAAUGUAAAAAUUAAUGGAGAUCAAUUGAAAUUUCCUUUCGUUUGGCUUAGAGAUAACUGCCAGUGUGAUAACUGUUUCCAUCAAACCGCCAAAAGCAGGAUUCUUGAUUGGAGUAGAUUCGAAACGGACAUAAAGCCGAAAUAUGUUGAAGAAAAUGCAGAUUCUGUCAAAGUGGAAUGGAGUGACGCCCACGUGUCCCGGUAUAAGCUGAAUUGGCUCAAGUUCAGAAGUUUUACUGAUAAAAAUCAGCAAAGGUAUAAAGAAGAAAUUUACCAGCCCACAAAAAUCACUUGGAAAGGUGACCAAUUCGACGAUAUAUGCAGUCGCCAUGAUUAUACUGAAAUCUUACAGAGCGAUAAAGCAUUGCAUGAAUAUUUGCAUAAGCUGUCCGUGUAUGGAGUGGCUUUGAUUCAAAAUGCGCCAAACUCUGAAACAGCAAUUGAUGCUGUCGUAGCGAGAAUCGGAUUCACAAAGCAAACCCAUUACGGUGUUAAAUUCAUAGUACAGCAUGUAGUUAACACCAGUAACGUUGCUUAUUUAUCGAGCAACUUGCAGAUGCAUACAGAUUUGCCAUACUAUGAAUACUGCCCUGGAACAAACUUACUCCACUGUUUGGUGCAAACAAAAAGUGCUGGAGGAGAGAACUUGCUAUCAGAUUGUCAUUACAUUGCUUCUUACAUGAAGGAGAAUCAUCCAGAGGAAUACAGACUGCUGACAGAAACAGAAGUGGAGUGGAGUGACAUUGGAGUGGAACACGGGAAUGAGUUCUUUAAGCUUCAUAGAGGGCCAGUUAUAUGCUUGGACAAACAUGGAGAAAUUAAUAGAAUAAACUUCUCAAUUCCUCAACGGGGCAGCCAUUUUCCUGGCCCAAUAGAAGUAGUUGAGCCCUGGUACAAAGCUCAUGGAUUAUUCUUACAAUUAAACCACAAAUUCUCUGCAAAAUUCAAAACAACAGACGGAGAUAUUUUAGCUUUUGAUAAUAUAAGACUGUUACAUGGCAGGAAUGCUUAUGAAGAUAACACAAAUAAUGUGAGAAAGCUGAUUGGAGCAUACAUAGACUGGGAUGAGAUUUACUCCAGACUGAGAUGUCUAAAAGUAAAAAUAAACAAACUAGAUGGAAUUUAUUAAUCUAAAUGGGUGCAAAAAGAACAAUCUCAGCAUGAUUGCUUUUGUACCAAUCACAUUUUUCUAAGUGUUAGUAAAUUUAGAUUUAAAGUAUUCAUUAAACACAUUUAUCAUAGCAUAAAGCCUACUAAAUCUAAUAUAAUAAUCUUCCUAGUCUGACUUAUCUCUCAAGUAAACACAGAUUAUCAUACUUGUGUCAAAAGUUUAUUAAAUAAAAACCACUUAACUUUCCA